CCACCCAUCUCAAUGCGCCUCCUCUCAUCGGCGCCUUCAACAGCGCACACAACAGAGACAUACACAAAAGUCUGACAACGCCCUCUUUACUACCUUAUUUCCUUGACUUCUAUUCACCCCGUAGCAACUUCUCCUUCUGGGCUGGCCUGAAUACAAACUCCCAAGCAUCUCCGAGAAUAUCCACGUACAACCCGCGCCAGCAACAUCCCCCAACUCCAUCCGUCCGACUCCUUUCGAAAAUGAGCUACUUCUUCUACUCCCUUUCCCUAACCCUCCUCAUCCUCGCCACAGUCGCCUACUUCACCCGCCACCGCUGGCUGCACCUCAUCCCCAUCCCCGAACCCCUCUACACGCGCCUCCCCACCUCCUUCCGCGACGACGUCGAAGCCGGGCUCUCCUCGUCGACCUUCGACUUGACCGCCAACGUGGAAGCGGGGGACUCGAGACAGGGUCUCGACGAUGCGGGGAAGAAGGAGGUCCAGGCUAUUAUGAAGAGGAGGGGCGUCAAUUUUGACGAGGCGAGAAGGAUCUUCAUGCAGGAGCGGUUCAAGAGGAAUGGGAUUGGGCCGGAUGGUCGGCCUAGGGAUCCCAAGUUUGUCAGUUUCUCGUGAUGAAGGGUAGCUUGGUGGCCAGCUGGAAGGAAGGAGAGGAGGUGGAGUGCGUGGUUUCGGAUUUGGAUCAUCUCCUUUGUUUAGAGAAGGGUGUUGUUAAUGUGUGUUCCUCGGGGUCGGAGUUAUGGGCAUCUUGGGAGUUUGACGGGUAGCUGCUGGCUGUGUCUUCGGUCGUCUGCCUUGUUUCCUAUGUGCUUUUCUUUUCCUUCCUGUCAUCGUGGGUUCCUUUGCUUAUCGCCUUCUCGUGUACGCCUAGAUACCAUCCAACAUAUGCUCUUCCUCCCGUCAUCCAUUUUUCCCUACUCCCUUCCCAACCGUCAAACCUACUGAAGGUGGGUACAAGCGCGUCUCGAAGAUCGUGACAAGGUCAUCAGCCCAAAUCGUAACGGUUUGUACCGAUACAAGCAAUGCUUAUGUAACAAUCGCAUAAAUCAUACGAAC